AUGCCCCCCGUACCUCGAUUAGAAGGGCCCGGGGCGACCCGCACAGCUGUCGCCGUUGCCGCCGCCGCUACCGGCGCCACCGCCGCCCGCGGCUUCCUGGCCGCCCGCGAUGGCAGCGGCGGCGGCGUCGGCGUCGGCGUCGGCAACAUCCUGGAGCGCCUCGGCGCCCGCGGCGUGCUCGCGGCCCGUCUGGUGAGCGACUUCGCGGCUGCCUCGAUGGCCAGCCUGAUGGUGAGCCCGUUCAUCUCUAUAGUCGACCGGGCUAUCAUCCAGAGCGCGAGCGGCAGCAUGGGGAUGAAGGCCUCCGUGGCGCAGGGCUUCCGGGUGCUCGCGACAAAGCCCGCGCUGUUCCUCGCCCGCCCGGACUUCAUCUGCACCUUCUGCCUGUACGGCGCGACUUACCUUGCGGCCAAUACCAUCUCCACGAUGGCGGACGAAUAUUCCCGCUCCGACACGAUGCCCAAGUUUCUCGGCACGACGGCUAUCAACAUGCCGGGGUCCAUCGCCAAGGACCAGGCCUUGACGAAGAUCUUCGGGGUCGUGGGAAGCGCGGCCAAGGUACCUGCCGCGAGCUUCGCGCUGUUCACCGUCAGAGACGUCGCCACCAUGGCUGCGGCCUUCACCCUGCCUACCCCCAUGUCCGCCAGGAUGCAGGAAAGCUUCGGCGUGGACAGCGGCAUGGCGGACGUGACCUCCCAGCUGGUCUCUCCAGGCCUGGUCCAAGUGUUCUCGACACCGGUGCACAUCCUGGGCCUCGACCUCUACAACCACCCCCGGUCCUCGUGCCGCGCCCGCCUCCGGGUCGUCCAGGACUCGUUCAUGCCGGCGAUCGCCAUGCGCGUGGCCCGCAUCGGCGUGGCCUUCGGCGUGGGAGGGCUGGGCAACACCUCCAUCCGAAAUAUGCUGCACGGGGCCAUCGCCAAGUCGUCGUGGGCGAAGCAGCAUCAGUGAUGGCGGCAGCAGCAGCAGCAAUAGCAGCAGUCGGAGGCCGCCUGAGUCUUGUAAAUGGCGGGGAGAAGAAACUCCUGGCGCGCGCCGAGGCAAGCGAGCAGCAAGCAAACUCGUUGGGUAGAAUAAUGAUGAACCGCGCCGGGGGGGGGGGGGGGNGAGACCGUGGCAUGCAGGCAACGGAGCUGCUGGGAAUAGUUGUGUUUGCUCGUGCCGUUAAAUCUUGUGGUGUUCCGUGUGUGGGCGUCUGUUGAUGGGCCGUGGUCAUGCUUUGACUUCGGCAGGGACACACACGCGGUUGGAGCGCAGAAAAGAGCGUUUAAUAGUAAUAGCAGAGAAGGAAGAAGACGACGUAAAACGAACGGCGCGCGCACGAUCGUUGGACGUGUGUCGUGUGUGUUGUUUGAGACCGCUUUUUUUUCUCGACACAAAAGGGUAGCAAAUGUAAAUAGGGAAAAACAAGAGGCCUUUCAUAUAUUAUACCCCUACACGGAAGGUCGGGGGGAAGCACACGUAUUUCGAUGUAGAUGCGUAGCUCUUUUGCCGCUGAGAGAUGGGGGAACGGGGACAGUGUGAGCAUGAAUAGCAAUGAUUGUACGAGUAUAAUUCAGGGGCGUGUGGUGCCUGCCGAACAAAGUAGAAGGCAGAGAACAGGAGGGGGGCGCGGGGGGGGGAGGAAGGGAGUCACAGGGGCUUCACCCGAGUAGCGAGAGAUAACUAGCACGACCGUGUGAAGUUCGUUGCCGUUGGUAUCGGAACAGAGAGGCCGAAAUUCUGGCCUGUGGGCGCGAGAGGUGGUGAAAGAGAUUUAACCGCCUGGGUCAAACUGGGGGUUGGGGUGGGGUGGGGCUAGUCUUGAGCAUAUACCCCCUUGGGGGCGCAGGCGAUAGCGAGAAGGUUUGCCGCGCAACAGCAGUUCCGAAACUACGUAAUAUAGGCGGCGGCGGCGGCGGCGGCGGCGGCGGCGGCGGUAGGUGGUGUGGUGUGAAGGACAAACAAGGGCCUCCUGCUCGCGUGAAGGGGUCCAGCAGGCGUUGUAGAGAGACGGGACAGAAACGCUGGUGGUGGUUGGUGGGUGCUCGUUUCGUCAGUGGUGGGGUCGGUCCAGUGUAGAAACGCGCCCCGACCCGUGCGUACGACGGUUUCUAGGUUUGUUCGGUGAGGAGUUGAAUGCUUUCAUGGCGUUGGGAGGGGUCGGGGCUUCGAUCGGCGGAAGCAGAGCUUGAGUUCCGUCACCUCCCCCCGCCCGUCGACUCACAGAUCGUUUGUGGUGUCGGAAGGCAGAAAUUCCGACGGAAGCCUCGACCGCCUCACCUUGCCGCUAGUGCACCGCUUGUUGCACACCGCGUCUGGCUAGUAGAGCAGCACAAGCGUAAUGGGAGAAAAGGGGCGGGGGGUUGGUGAAGUCGCGUUGAUGGGUGGCGGAAGAAGGUCCUGGGACUGCCGCAGGGCUCCGCGGUUUCACCGAUUUUGAUGAGGUAUGUGUUGUUUAUGGGCCUGGGUGGGUAAGUGUAUGAUGUGUAUCCUUCUUUGUUGGUCUGAUCUGAGGCAAGAAUUUCUCUGUCGGCGCUCUGAUGGGUGGUACCCACCACCUUGAAGAAGAUCGCUUGGGUGUUUUUUGCCUCUGUAUUUUUCGACGAGUUGUUGUGUUGAGGCUGGUGUAAAAAGGGAGGGAACAAGAAAUGGUUUGAAUGGUUGUGAAAAAACCCUCUCGGCGCCAAAGAAGAGACCGUUCAAAAAUCGGUAGUGUGUCAAAACAUGCAAGCAGCGAAGCAGACUGAUGCCUCAAAAUUUGUAUGCCGUUCAGUAUGAUAGUGUGUUCGAAUAUUUGUUAAUUUUGCCGUCACCGCGGCGAACAGUUACGGCUUUGCGUCAAGACAGUGCGUGAUGUGUUUUGGCGGCACGGACAAAAAAAGUAGGCAAGACGUUCUCGAGACGGAUGUAGGUGUGGGUUGUGACAGAGGCGUUCCGAGACGCACGUACGCGGCGGCUUGACACGCGGAGGAGCUAGACAUGGUGAUGAAUUUUGUCUGGUCCCUUUCGAUGGACACGUGUGUGGAGCAUGGGUAUUUGGCUUUGUCGUGAGGGAGAUCAGACAAAAUUAUAGUUGAAUGAUCCUAUUUUGGUUCCUGUUUUUUUUUUUGGUGGAGAGGGUGGGGUGCAAGAGGUGUUGAGUAUACGAUUUUGCCUUAGAACGCAAGGUCGUAUGCGUACGGACGGGAGUUGGACCGCCAGACAGCGGAGAAGGAUGGACGGGUGAAGGAUGAGUCGAUGUUGCCGUUUGCAUUCAGUACUGGCUUUUGCUGAAACAACAGCGGUGCCAAUCGCCAGGGAUGCUUCUAGAGAGCUGUUGUCCAACGCACAACGAAAGAUCUCAUCGGCUACGACGAUCCUUGGUGAUGGCGCAGCUUCAAGUUGGCUCGUCUGGGGGAAGAAAGGUGGUGAAAGAGAGAGAGAGAAAGGAGAAAGGAGAAAGACGAACAAAAGAGUGGGACGAAGAGAAGAGAAUUUGAGAAUCGCAAAGAGUGAAGGCCACUGGAAGGGUGAGGGGGUAAAGAGGCCAGGCGGAAACGAAAGCACAUCCCUUUCGACCGAGGUUGUAUCUCGAACGGGUUGUCUUUCCGUGAGGUUAUGUUUACUUCGUUAGAGGAUCAUGGAAUCCCCCCCUUGUCUUGUCUUUCCAUGAAAACAAGCAAGGGAAAUAUGGAUGGAUGGAAAAUAUCCUGUUGGAAGUCGACGGGUUGAGUAGGCAUUUGAGGGGUAUUGCAUGCGAUUUGUUCUGCGUGCGAACAUCUUGAGACUGUUGGCGUUGGGGGUGGGGUGGUGGCAAUGCGCUUGGCUAUCUCCACCGUUGUUGCCAUGUCUGUUGCCGAGUGCCAAGGUUGUGGUAGGAGGGUUUUCUACUCCUUGGCCAAAGCGGUGUGCUUUGUUUGCGUCGCGUGCAUGCGCGGGAGCGGACGGGGAGUACUCACUGCUACUGCCACAGACGUCACGUGUAGCGCGUGUGUGCUUUUUGAAAACGCUCGGCACGUCUCGACAAACACUGACAGGGGAAUGGGUGCGUAUGCUAUCCGUUCCGUUGCGAACGAUGGUAUCGGGCGUGUAGGGCUGGGGUGGGAAGUGGGGGGAGAGAGAGAGAGGAGAGAGAGAGCAUGACUAGGAUUGGAUGGAGUAUUCCCUCCAGCAAAAGCACACAAGCGAAAAAAAAACGAGGCAUACAACACGAUCGAACAGAGUACACCGAUACCUGAAGCUUCGAUCGUAGGUGACCCAGCAGA